UAAACGAAACGUCAGAAGAGAGACGGGUUGCAACGUUACCAGUGGGGUCGGGGAGUGAUCGGUGCAAAAAUGUUUGAAAAUGGAAAUCCGGAGAUGGCAACUCUACGUGGUUAUUAAUUGUGUCAUCGUAACGCACUUAGUAGCUAAGCCCGUCUCGCUGAAUGAGCUUAUCGCCGCUGAGAGCAAACAAAAGCAGGAGCAACAUACUAAACCCGAAGGUAACUCAGCAACCAAGCGCGUGAAGACCGUGUCACUCAAUGAACUUAUUGCUGCAGAAAGUAAACAACAGCAUCGGCAAAAUACAUCUAAAAUUACCAAAUCAGCAACGAAGCGCACAAAGACCGUGUCACUGAAUGAACUUAUUGCUGCAGAACGUAAACAGGAAAAGAAGUCUCAGAAUACUAAAUCAGGUGUAGCGCUCUCGACAAAGCCCUUUUCCACAAAAGAAAGUUCGCCAUCAGAAUCACGACAAUAUUUGGAAAAAACACGUUUCGCCAAAAUAUUCGCUAAAAAACCGCGAGGAAAAAUAUUUUCCCUGAAAGAUUUAUUCGCUACAGAAAAAUCUUCCGCCAAGCACAGGAUAGAAAGCCUUUUAUCGAAGACACGGGGUGGGGGGCUUCGGUUGCAUCCUGGCAAAUUUCUACCAACUUUAUCUCAUAAACCCUUCGAGUCAGCAGAAAAUAUAUUCUCACUGGCCAGGACAAUAUCACCUCUGAAAUUCAGAAAGAGGUUCGAAAUAGGGUCUCCUCUGAAACCAAAAAAAAUCAAAUACUCCUUCACGCCUCGUCACAAGCGUAGAAACCAAUCAACGAAGCGAGAAGCUGAUGAAAAUGCAGUAUUCAAUCACCGGUACAUACCGCUUAUUAAGCGGAUUGGUUUACUUGUGGAUGGGAUUCUUUCCCCAGACUCUAGCGAAUCUCUCGAGCCCGUCCGCCGUAGAAAACCAACACGUAAUCCAAAGCUAUCAGGAAAAGACGCCGAUCUUGCAUCCUCAGAAUCUAAGCCGCAGAAAAAGACAGUUGUUGCUCCCACUACUGUCCCCCCGGAGACCCCUGACACCGAGGAUCCCACGACUGAGACUCCCGACACCACAACCUAUACUACUCCCUUUAGUGACGUCUACACUCUCCGACCAGAUACGGACAUACCAUUACCAUCUGCAAGAAAUACCAGCAGCGAUCGGAGAGACGCUAAUGGAGUCAGUGAGAGAAGCAGCACCCCAUUUCACGGAGACACUGAGAGACAUAUCGCCCGGUAUAAUGGAAGUGAUGAACAUAAUCCCAGUGGACGAAACCAAACCUAUUCACCAUCUAAUGAGGAAGAUUCCUGUAGCCCUACACGAAUCGAUAAAUGCCGCGAUGGAUAUGGAACCGGAACUACCCGAUAUCGAAACGACAACAAAACAGAAGAGGAAACAGAAACCUCAACCCACAGCUUCGUCAGAAGAGAUGACACUGACUCAAAAGCUACGCUCCAAAUUAGAGGGGAAACGCUACAGAUACCAAGAGACGUCCGAAGAUUACCAAGACUACCCGAUAAAGUCUUUAUUGUUGACGCAGAACCCGUACCGGCCCAAAAAUCUAGUGAAGAAAGCUUCGUCGAUGUCGCACACCAUCACACCAGUACUGAACGAGGGAUUGGCGGAAAUGGCACAGCUACCACAGAAGAUCAAAAACUUCGUCAAGUCAUUCAAGGAUUGAUACCGAUCAAUGAUAUCCUCGACCCUAAUUUUCUGAAACAACGUACCCAAGAUAACCACGUUGUGGCUAUUUUCGAUGGAUAUAGCGUGGCUAGGGAUAUUAAUGGUAGGAAUAAGCUUACCGAAAAAUCGAUCCGAAUUAGUCCUAAUUAGUAGGUAUUCUUAGUGAUCAUUUACUUUGAAUGAUUCCUAGGUUAAGUUGAGUGAGAAAAAAGUCUAAGACUAUCAUACAAGUUUCCUAAGCAUACGAGGCAUCUAUCCAGGAGUGGGUCGACAUCUUGUUUUGCCUUGCAAGAACAAGUAGGUAUUGUGACGCACAUUUCAUACAAUCCACUUCGCCGGAGACAGCAACACGAAUAUUUGAUGGGGUGAAGUGAAGAUGGUGAAGGAUGGGAGAAGAAGUGAAGUGUCCCAGUAUGUACAAUUGUACAAGGCAUUAUCAAACUUACAUCAUUAGGAAUAUAAUUGGGAACAGGGUAUCAACUAUUGGGCAAUAGCAUGUCGAGCAUGGGACGUUUAACCUUAUUUAACGUGGCGAUUUUCUAAACAUAACGCCUGCUGUAUAAAGAAAAGGCGGCGCGACUAAUAUAGACUUGGCGACCAGAAGGCUGGACACUACUUCGCACAGCGAAUAAGUAUGGCCAUUAGGCGGGUCCACAUAGAGCGAGCAUACACGCGAGGCAAUUUCCUCGCGCACAAAACGGCCAGUGUAGACGUGCCUCGGCCGUGGCGGCCGCGCGUUUUCCGCACCAGAGCGCGCCGCCUCAGCCGAGGCACGUCUAUUCAGCGAGGAAGUACAGUUAGCCUUUUGGGCACAUUGCCCGUUGACGGCGAUCUGGCCAAAUUACCUCUAGGAUUUGUAUUUAGUAAGUUUCCUAAGCAUUGUAUGGUAAAAUAAAGACAUUUUCUGUUUUGUUUUAUAUAAUAAGAAAUAAUAAUAUGAAUAAUAUAUAA